AUGAUAAGUAACGAACUACGAUUGGAGCACUUUGACCACGCCCACAAGACACGCCACGUCAAAAUUAGCCCCAUGAUGCGGGCAUUCAACCCCCACAAUGCAGGCGGGGUCGACGGCAAGCCGUCCAAGCUGGAGCUGAUGCGAGCUGACUACCAGCGGAAGCUGAUGAAGGAGAAAGAAGAGAAGAUGAUUCAGAUGUAUGAGGACAACCAGAGAAAAGUCAUGAGCAGAAUGGGUCGUGGAGGCGGGGCUGGGGAAGGCAGAAUUACUCAAAAUGGCGCUCAAAAUGGCGCUAAUGGAACUGGUAGCGGAAAAUCUGUUCGGGACUUUUUCAACGAAAGACGUCGAAUGGAGGCCAAGGAGAUCUCUUCUACUGCCCACUCUUACAGACAAACUAAAGAGCUGCCUUCUCCUACAGAGUGGCCUAGCAGGGUAGACAGCAGCAACACCCCGAAGAAGUCAAAAGCCAGCGCAGGGAGAGACAGAUCGCAGCCUUUAGCACCGAUUCGCCGACCUCACGUAGAACCUCAAGAAACCGGAAAUCCCGUCAAAUCGGGAAUUCCGCAGAAAUUUCCUGUCCCGCCUACAGAAAAUAGAGAGGGAAAUCCUUUCCCGGUUCGAGCACGUUUGGUUAAACAUAAGCCUCUACCCCCUGCGGGAAAUCACCACUUUGAUAAUAAAUACAACGGCGGUGCUGGGGAUUUCAACAGUACACAGCCGGCAUCGACUGGACACAAACCCUUGACCCGAAAGCCUCCUCAAGUCACACAGAAUAAGCUAGAGAAGCUUCAAAAGGACAACUCGUUACUUUCUCGAGCUCCAGAAAAAUUAACGGACUUUCAGAAGUGGCAGGCGGAGCAGAGCCAGGCAAGGGAGGAGCGGUUAAAGAAGGUUAACAGUCUAAGACAUGCGAACAACGGCAACGGUGGAGUAUGGAAGAACUCUGACGAUGAGUCUCUAGAUGACAAUGAGGAUGUCAAAGGUGAAGGCCUUGACAGCGGAAGGGGAAACAACUUAGACGAGAAGAUGAAAGCCAAGGAGAAGGAACUCUUGGAGAAGAUCGCCAAACGACAGAGAGAGUUGGAAGAGAUCAAGAAUGAGAGGGAGGUACAAGACGAAGAGGAACAAGAAAACAUAGAAAGGAAGAAGACGAAAAAAGUUACAGAAAGAUCUAAACAGCGGAAGGUUUAUGAUGAACGACACAAAGAAGAACAGAAACGAUUUAAGCAAGAAGAGAAUGAGACCCGUUUGGAAAUCCAACAAGCAGAACAGCAUAGAUUAGAGGAGGAGAAAGAGUGGAAGGAAAAUGAGAAACGAAUCAAAGAGGAAGACAAAAGAAAGUUACAGCCAGAUAAUUCAAAGUCGAGACGUCAAAACGAGGUCGCAGCACAGCAAAGAGAGAAGUUGUCGUCCAAGAGUGGAAACAGAAGUAACAGUCGUUCCCUCCUUGAAGAAGAUUCGCCUCAGCCAACGGCAAAACCCUCCAGGAGCACGCCCAAGGUCUCUAAGAACCCACAGCCUUCUAGAUCAAAGACGGAGUCCAACGACCUGGAUGAGCGCCGACUGUCACUGUCCGAUGCCCACGUCUACGAGCAGGCAGCAGCCUCGGCAGACGCUCAAGGUUUUGUUGCAGAUCUCGCCAUGUGUACGAUUUGUGGUCGGUCGUUUGUCCAGGAGAGACUCAAGAAGCAUCAAGAGGCGUGUGCCAAAGCUCAUAAACCCAGGAAGGAGUUUGAUUCCGCUAAGAAGAGGGUAGAAGGAACUGACUUGGCCAAGUAUGCGGGGAAAGCCAAACGGCGGGAACCACCCAAGAAAAAGUCUAACUGGAGAGCCAAGCACGAAGAGUUUAUCCAAACACUUCGCCACGCCAAGAAAGUCACUCUGUGUGAAAAGGAGGGCGGAGACUUGCGAAACUUAACUCCGCCUCCAGCAUCUGUAAACCCAGAUUAUGUACAGUGUCCACACUGUGGGCGGAGCUUCAACGAAACGGCGGCAGAGAGACACAUCCCUCGCUGUCAGACACUUAAGACACGCCCACCACCAGUGAAAGGGAAACGCAGAUAG